CGUGGCCGGCCGCUCCGGCGGGCCCCCCAGCGGGCCGGGCGCCGCCAGCAGCCCGGGGCCCAUGAACCUGUUCGCGGCCUGGGAGAUCGACGGCUCCAGCCCCAGCUGCGUCCCGCGGUUGUGCAGUUUGACUUUGAAGAAGCUGGUAGUGUUGAAAGAAUUGGAUAAAGAUCUCAUCUCUGUGGUAAUUGCAGUCAAAAUGCAGGGCUCAAAACGAAUACUCCGGUCUCAUGAGAUCCUACUGCAUCCUAGCGGGCGUAUAGAAACAGACCUUGCACUGACCUUUUCCCUGCAGUAUCCUCAUUUCUUGAAAAGAGAAGGCAACAAACUUCAGAUUAUGCUGCAGCGGAGGAAACGGUACAAAAAUCGAACCAUUCUUGGCUACAAAACGUUAGCAGUGGGAUCGAUUGACAUGGUAGAGGUCAUGCAGCACCCGACAGAAGGAGACCAGGUGCUGAGCCUCUUCAGCAGCAUCAAGGAGGCCUCGGCCAAGAUCGCGGAGAUCUGGAUCUUCUCCCUGUCCAGCCAGCCCAUAGACCAGGAGGACAGCGUCAUGCCCAUGAGCCCGAAAACUAAGGCUGCAGACAACUAUUCCGAAGAGGAAUACGAAAGCUUCUCUUCAGAACAGGAAGCGAGCGACGAUGCAGUUCAGGGGCAGGAGCUGGAUGACGACGAGUAUGAACUGGGGAAGCAGAAGAAGCAGUGGAGAGCGAUCGUGAGAACGCCGUCCAUCACCAGGCAGCAGAACUUCAAGCAAAAGGUGGUAGCGCUGCUGAGGAGGUUUAAAGUAUCCGAUGAGGUUCUGGAUUCGGAGCAGGAUCCAACGGAUCACAUCCCGGAAGUAGAAGAAGACCUCGACCUUCUGUACGACACCCUUGACAUUGAGAAUCCUAGUGACAGCGGGCCUGACAUGGAGGAGGAUGACAGCGUCCUCAGCACGCCGAAGCCAAAGCUCAGGCCUUACUUUGAAGGCUUGUCCCAUUCAAGCUCUCAGACGGAAAUCGGAAGCCUCCACAGCAUCCGAAGCCAAAAAGAGCCGCCCAGCCCGGUAGAAGUGCCUGAAAAGAACAAGGACCUUGAAAGCAAACAACCAGCAGAUGCCGUCUCUGACACCUCAUCUUUUAAAAGUCAGCAACAAGACGACACUCCAGAGACAGAGCAGCCCUCUGCCUUGGACAGCUUCAUGGAGAAGCUUCCCCCCAGCGGCAGGAUCACGAAGACGGAGUCCCUCAUCAUCCCUUCCAGCAGCAGGUCGGAGGGAAAGCAGGCCGGCCGCCGGGGCAGGAGCACCUCGCUGAAGGAGAGGCAGCCCGCCAAGCAGCAGAACGAGCGGGCCAACAGCCUGGACAACGAGCGCUCGCCGGACACCAGGCAGCACCUGCAGAUCCCGAGGAAAACUGUGUAUGAUCAGCUGAACCACAUUUUGAUCUCGGAUGACCGGCUGCCAGAAAAUAUCAUUUUAGUGAAUACUUCCGACUGGCAAGGACAGUUUCUUUCAGAUGUCUUGCAAAAGCACGCCCUUCCAAUAGUCUGCACAUACUCUUCGGCCGAUAUUCAAGCAGCUUUCAGCACAAUUGUCUCCAGAAUACAGAGAUACUGCAACUGCAAUUCGCAGCCCCCCAAUCCCAUCAAGAUCGCGCUCGCCGGAGCCCAGAGUUACCUCAGUGCCGUGCUGAGGCUCUUCGUCCAGCAGCUGUCUCACAAGACCCCGGACUGGCUCAGCUACAUGAGGUUCCUCAUCAUUCCACUAGGUUGCCAUCCAGUAGCCAAGUAUCUGGGCUCCGUUGAUUAUCAGUACAACAACUACUUCCAAGAUUUAUCCUGGAAAGAUUUAUUUAACAAACUCGAAGCACAAAAUGCUGCUCAGGAAUCUCCUGAUAUCGUUUCCAGAAUAACCCAGUACAUGGUUGGAGCCAACUGCUCACACCAGUUACCCAUCGCGGAAGCAAUGCUGACGUACAAACAAAAAAGCCCAGAUGAAGAAUCGGCACAGAAGUUCAUCCCCUUUGUUGGUGUGGUGAAGGUUGGCAUAGUGGAUCAGUCCUCUGCGACUUCAGGUGACUCGGAUGAUGCGGCCCCCUGUAGUGCGAGCGUCCUUUCCUCCACUCCCCCUUCUGUGUCUCCUGUCGUGAAGGAAACGUCCCCCACCCCACCUUCCUCGCCCUCCGUGACGAGCAGCUUUGCUUCCUCCAGCCUUGGCAUGGAACUGAUGGGCCUCCAGGUGGAUUACUGGAUUGGAGCUCAUCCCAUGGAUAAGAAGAGAGACUCUGAGAAGAAGGAACUCAGUGCCGCCAAAAACACACUGAAAUGCACUUUCCGGUCUCUCCAAGUCAGCCGGCUGCCUCCAAGUGGCGAAGCUGCUUCCACACCGACCAUGUCCAUGACAGUUGUGACAAAGGAAAAGAACAAAAAAGUGAUGUUUCUGCCGAAGAAAGCAAGAGACAAGGAGUUUGAUUCCAAGAGCCAGUGCAUCGAAGGGAUCAACCGGCUGAUUUGCACCGCGAAGCACCAGCAGAAUAUGCUGCGGGUGCUCAUUGACGGCGUGGAGUGGAACGACGUGAAGUUCUUCCAGCUAGCAGCGCAGUGGUCUUCCCACGUCAAGCACUUUCCCAUCUGCAUAUUUGGGUACUCCAAGUCGUAACCUGGCAGAAUUCAUAGGACAAUUCCGCAUGCCACAGAUCGGAGUGGCAGUUACUUGCGCUCUCUCACAUUUACUAACAUAAGUGCUUGGAUAACGGUUCAGUAACUUUCCUGUUUGUAUCUUCACCUGGCUGUCGGGGACGGGCAGUAUUUGAAACCGCAGCAACUCAGUUUUAACUCUAGACAUGCCUACUUGCAUGUCCCCGAAAAACAUGUAGAACAUAAAUGUAACAUGCUGCUUAGUAGCUUAGAAUCCAGCUGGACAGGGAGUAGGAUGAGAAAUUAUUUGAUGGAUUACGGAUGCUGAUGAUUUCUCCAUGUGUGGCAAAACUCUGCUGGAGAAGAGGCCUCAGCUGCCCCCUUCUUUCUGCCCAUCCAGACCCCACCCCUCAACCCACCAUCCCGUUCACAAGUGUUCCCCUGUCCUGGGUGUAUGACCGACCCCCCUGCAGCUCUGCAGGAUUGCUAUGAAUAUGAAGAGGAAAAUGACCGAUAGUGCUGGGCUGAUGCUUGAUGUAUCCGAGGGUUUCUGCCCUUGCAGAGUUUGGGGGAGAAGCAGCAAGAAAAGAGAGCGUGUCUCUCUUCUCUGCCUCUGCAGUCCCGCCAGCCCAGCUGCCCCAGAUGGGCAAGUGCUUUUGAAGAGGGAGGGUUUGGAGCUGGAUGGGAAGAAACGAGGCUUUGGUCAGCGGGUGAGCGGUUGGCUCUGAAAAGGAUCCAGGUUGUUACUGAUUUUGGAGGAAAUGACCCAAGUUGUUAUCUGUUUCUGAAGCAGUCCAAGGCAAGUAGGGUUGACCAUCCUUCACCCUUUGGCUUUGAGGGGUAAGGCCUGCAUUUUCAUAGAAGCAGCACUGCUGUGGCGGCAAUGUCCUUGUCCCCAAAUUGGCAACCUGCUGCAGUUGAGCACCAAUAGCUGUGCCUUCAUCUGCUGAAACGCAACGUUAGACCCUGCCGUGUGAGAGAUAGACAGACCUCCUAACUGCAACCGCGUCACCCCGCUCUUACCUGAUAACGGACGCUGGGUGAAGCAGUAUUUGAAAUCUAAAUACUUAAUCUUGUCUAGGAUGAAGCACCGCUUCCAGUGUCUCACCGUUACAUCCCAAAUCCGCCCUGUCGGAAAGCUUCCACUGCAGUUAUCAGCAUGUAGGAUACAAAUGUGGGUUCGAUGUAUGUGCUGCUCAUAGCAUUUUGCACUUCCUAACUUUUAAAUACAAUUUUGAUCACACAUUGUGAGAUAACAUUUGUAAUAAAUAUUAUGUUGCCAAAGACGAGGGUGCGCAGCGGGGGGCUUUCUGUGCAGCUUUCUUUCGUGUCAGCAGGCACGAGCGGUUUGCCAUCGUCUGCGAAAGCGGGGUGCCCCAGACUCCCUGCGAAUGCCGCCAACGCCAAUACGCCACAUUUCUCCCUCAACCUCUGAAGGCCGCGUAUCUGCUAAGCCCCAUUGAGAGGUGUGCGGCUGAAGGGACAUAGAUAGAUUGCAUUAUAAAACUUCAUUCUCUGCUCUCCCCCUUGAGCUACCUACAAGCCUCUGCUUGUAUGAUCCAUUAAAGGAAGAUGGUUGGGGACUAUUUCCAAAUGUUUUUCCAAUUUUCAGUGUGAUCUCCUCAAUGAGAUAAAAUAUAUUAGGGGCAGACACUGUUCCAGGCAUCCAGGUCUUUAGGAAAGUUGGCAUAAGUUUGUAAUUGUUGGGUGGAAAGAGAAAUAAGAUGUUUUUACUAGAGCCAGUAUCCAGACAUUGUGAGCUUUCCUCUGAAAUUCCUGCUUGGCCACAAAGACUCUCUGGGUUUGCUUUUAAGAAUCUCAUUUUUAAUGUUAUGUGGCUAUUUUCUUGUUCUCUAAACAGUCUUGUGUGGGUUAAUCACCCUGAAAAGGAGCAGGCCUGCAAAAGCGUUGCUUGGAAGUCAGUAAGAAUGUGAGGUAAUGGAGGACAUGAACUGAUACAUAGGCAAGCUGGGAAUUUUCAAAUGGAUUGGCUUCAGCUCUCCCUUCCAAAACAGGAGUAGGUGCUCCAGGGUCAGCCUCAUAGCUCACCUGGUGUAUUGCCCAUUUGAUGGCGCAAAAAAAUUCCACUGAAGAUACCUACAAGUCCCCCUUGCUUGCCAUGAGACCCGUGUCCUGAGAAGAACCAGGUCCAUUGGAAACAUCUGUUCUUUCAUAUUUGUUGUUCUUUAUGCCGAGACUGGAUGGGUUUUUAGGAUUUCGACUUGCCCCAUCAAUGGUCAGGAAUCCCAGGAGUUGUAGGCCUAGAGACCUCAUUUUGGUCGGUGCAGGAUUCCGUUUGUGCAGCAUUUCUGGAAAAAUGGCACUUCUUUUCAUUAAAUUUGCAGCGAGCAAUAUUCCCUCCUCCUUGACAGUCAGGUGCACGGCAUGGGCGGGCUGUUCGUGCCCUUCAGCUCUCACUGGUCCUAGCCAGCAUAGCCAAUGGAGAGAGAGGAUGCACACUAAAUGCCAGAAUAUCUAGAAAACCACAAUUCACACAUUCCUGAUCUAAUCCACUGGCACUUUUCUUACUGAUCUAGCAUAGGUGCUAACAACACACUGGAAAGGAGGUUCUGGGCUUUUUUAAACGGACCAAGAAACCCUGAAAGGAAAUUACUUGGCUUCCUCCUUCAGACCUCCUCCAUCCUCUUCCAAGCACAGUAAUCAAAAACACCCCCCAACUUUAGUGUCUGCUUUGCUGAACUGACCUGACCUGACCAGCAGCAGCAGCUGGGGUAGUUGUGUCUGCAAUACUGUUGUUGGUAGGUGUUAAGCUGCUAUUUUAUGUAGAGACCAAGUCUACCAUGCCUGGAUCUUCAGUAGGGAUGUGACAACAGUGUUACCCUCAUAUUGUGUUAGUCUCGAGUUGUUAAGCUUUUCAGAUGUGAUUCGUCUUAGCAAAUUCUGUAUUUCUGGAAUGAAGUAUUAGCGUCUGCGUAUCUACGGAAUGCAAGGAGAAUGGGGCAUCAGUAGCAUCAUCUUGAAAUAAGAGUGUUGCUCCCUUCCUCUUUCCGAAUAACAUCAAUCUUUCUUCAGCUGGUCAAGCUGCUGCAAAGGGUUUUGCCUGUAUUCUCAGGAAGUUGUUCUGUGGCUUCUUUCCUCAUCUGGUUCCAUCAGGCUUAGAGAUGAAGUAGAGAUAUCUGUGCUAAACAAGUCUGAACAUUUCUAGGGAUGGUGGAGUUUGGACCCAAGGACUUUCGCAUUCCAGGCAAAGUUAAAUUAUGUUCCCACGUCGGCCUGAAGCUUAUGCAAACUUCAAGUUUCUCUGAAUACCUAUGACUGUAUUUUUACUGGGGUUCAUGGAUGGCCCAAGGAUGUGGACGGUCCUAUGGAGGUUCUCCAGGCUUGUCCUCUUGUAACUCCAGUUCUUCCACCUGAAUGUUUCAGCUGAGCAUGGCCUUCACAGGAGUAACUUUUUCCAACACAGAUAGCACAUCUGAAUAGAAAAAAUACAAACUGUGUGUUAGAUCAUCACUUGUAUUUGAUUUGCACUUUUUCCUACACAAAAUGAAGUCUACACGAGAUUAAGUGCAGCACAAGCAAAUGCUCAGUACAAAAACGUGAAAUAAAUGAAUACCCAGACAGUACUAAAAACUUGGCAUUUUUUUUAAAAAAAUCCACAGAUCUUCCAAAAAUGGCAAAAUAUGAGAAAGUUAUUUUCCAACUAGUCCAAGGCAAAAUUUAAUUGUCUGCCCCCCCCCCUUUUUUUUGCAUUGGACAGCAUUUUUCAAACGAAAGUCCUUGGCUCUGGGGAGGCAGCAUUAUAUUUCUGCUUUCGGAACUGCAAAUACCUGUUAGCAGUUUGGUCGAUUUAUCCACCAUUCCGUUCCUGCCGAGACCUUAAUACUGAGUGAGCGUGGAGGCCCGGCCUUCACCUUGUUCCAGGAUGCCUUUCCUCACGUGUGCCGUUUCUGGAGAUGUUUAACGCAAUUGAAAUUUGGGGCUCCGUUUUGCCUUUAUAACCUUUUCAGAUAAAAAGCAGUUUUACUCACUAGACUGAGGUUUUUGUGAUGCCUUAAAGGUUUAAGCUUGCAUGGAUGCAUGAAACGUGUGAGGUUUGUGUGUCUACACCCACAAACGGGAAAAAAGGAAAAAAUUAAACAGGUUAGACAGAAAUGAAACGCAAGCCCUAAAGUUUGCGACAAUCCAAUUGAAAGCAUUCGGAUAUACAAAAUAAGCAGUGACCUUCCUGCCAGCCUUUCCAUGCCCCAUGCAUUACGUGGCGCAACUUGAACGCCGCAACCAUGCAAAUCGUCUUCCCCAGCCAUCCUUUGUCUUCAGGUCCACAGUGGCUCAGCUGUUUCGGACUAGAUGGAAGAACUAAUAAUCGCAUGCCUGAACAUUUAUCCGAACUUCCCGCCUUUCCAAGGGCAGCUGCAGGGCAUCGAACCUUCAUGCAGGCAGGGCCGAGCCCGUUCGUUCAGUCCUUUAUUAAACAGACAGCCUACCUUUUCCUUCCAGGAAGCCAGGGUGGCUUGCAUGGCCUUUCCCCCUCUUCAUUUUAUCCUCACAACAACCCUGUGAGGUAGGUUAGGCUGAGAAUCAGUGACUAUCUCAGAAUGGCCUCAUGGGUUUCAUGGCCAAGUGGGAAUUAGAACCCAGAUGUCCCAAGGUCGACCCAAACCUUCUGACCACUCCAACACACUGGCUCUCUUAUUUCUGUUCUUAUUUAUUUGUAACCAGUACAUCACUUUCACUGUACUUUUUAAAAAUCAAGAGUCAAGUCAAAUUAUAACCUUUUUUUGGAAAAAAAAAACCCUGCAAUGUAUACAUUAAGAAAUAUUUUAUGGUGCUACUGCACCAGUAAUAAAAACUGGAUUGGAAAGCA